AUGUUAAGGAACGCCGCCAGAAUUGGCUCUAGAAGAGCUGUUCUGCUCAGACCUUCUGUUAAAAACUCGCCCAUUUCCAAAGUUGCCAAAAGGUUUCUUUCUGAAGAGCCAAGCGAAGUAUUCACCAAGAUCAACGAUGCGAAAGAUCCACAGAGAAACCAAUUCUUCCAGUACAGCUGGGGCACCUGGUUAAAAAAUGAUAAGAUUGAGAAGGCUAGGAGAGAAACGAGAUUCUCCAUUGAGGGUGCAACCGAGUUUGUGAGGAAGUUGGAAAUCAAGGAUGGAGAGCUCGAGCAGCCCUUCACUCUGGCCACUGGUGCUACCAUCUUGCCUCAAAACAUCACCAGAGAUCUCCUUGGUGAAGGAGACAUCGAAGUGAAGUCUAUCGCCAGUAUUCAUGAGGGUAAGCACCACAGAGUGUACCAAUUGUUGCUCAAAAACGACAAGUCGCUCGUGUUGAGAAUCCCAUACAAGCUCGAGUCUGAUUUCGCUAUCGAAAGCAAAAUCAAGAGUGAGGUUGCCACAAUGGAUUUCUUGAAGGAGAAAUUGGACUUGAAUGUUCCCAGAGUGUUGGCUUAUGGUGCCACCAGAAACAAUUCCUUGCUGACUCCCUUCAUCUUGAUGGAGUACAUCGAGGGUGACCUCUUGAUGAAGCAGUGGGACCCAUUGGCAAAAGACACAGCAGAUAAUGCCGACUUGAAGAAGGUUAUCAACCCAAUUGCUGACUUUCAAACGAAAAUGUUGGAGAUCUCUUUCAACAAGAUUGGGUCUCUUUAUUUCUAUGACGAUGUCAAGCCAGAACACCAAGCCACCGAGCCAUACGCUGGCGAAACCGAUGAGAAGCUCAAGGAUAGAUGGAGAAUUGGCCCACUUGUUGAGAAUGUCUACUCAAAGAACAAGAAGCACUUGGCUGCUCAGAAGAUCACCGAAUUGAGUGGUCCAUUUGAUGCAGACAAACCACUUGAUCUCAUCAAAUCAGUCGCCAAAAUUCAAUUGGAGAGUUUGAAGUCGAGACUUGCCUUGGCCCAGGCUGAUGCUGGGAGCAAGGUCGAAAACAUCGAAGAUUUGAAAAAACAAAUUCUGACAUUCGAGAAUUUCGAGAAGGUGAGUGAAAAGUUGAUCAACCCUACUUCCCCAGCUAUCAUGAACUGCGCAGAGUUGUUCAAGCCAAGACUUUACGCCCCAGAUUUGGAUCCAUUGAACGUUAUUGUUGAAAAAGAUUCUGGAAAGCAUUACUUCCUCGACUUCGAGUAUUCCGCUAUCAAGCCAUUCGUAUUCACCAGCUAUCCACCAUUUGUCGCCUACCAGGGUGCCAAAGUGUUCAACUUGGAGGAGGAUGUUGAGGGAUACAAGGAUAUGGACGACGUUGAGAAGCUGCAAUAUGAAUUCAUGUACCAUAAAACCAGAAACGAGAGAAUUUGGGAACAUGCUUUGAAUGAUAGAAGACAUGAUUUGAUUGCCGUGGCUUCCCCACACCUCAAGCUCUUGAAAGCUCCAUAUUUGCAGGCCUCCGAGGUCAAGAAUGACAAAGACUACAUGUUUGUCGAGAAUGCUAUUAUUCAGUUAAGGGCUAUGUGGGAUACUUAUGUCGCCAAUCAGUUAACUAAUGCUGAUGAGGCCGAGUUCCCAAUUGAGUAUAGUGCUGAAUACUUGGACAGGCACGCAAAAGACUUGUCUGACUACCAAAUGGAGGUUGUUUCCACGCCUUUUGCUGCCACAUCUGGAUGGGUUCCACAAGACAUGUUUGAGACUUUGAAGAAGGAAGGUAUUCUCGUUCAGGAUGAGAACGGUGAUUACCACGUUCUGACAGAAGCUGCUUUAAAAGAUGAAAAAAAGUCAGAGUAA